CAAGGUUUGGCGCUUUGUUCCUUGUCGGCCACUUCACUCCGCCUCGUUUCAGCCGUCGACCGGCGCAGCCAGAACAUUUCCGUCUUUCGCGCCGUGUGGUUCCUCAAAGAAGAAAUCCUGGGAGUAAUCUGUGGAAUAUUCUUCGUCUCAGUGGUUGGAUGAUGAUGAGGAUGAUGAUGAAUUCGCGCACUUUGCUGCCCGCUGUCCUGCUGCUCUUCGGUUUGGCGACAGUUUUCGCUCAGUCUUCCGCACCUAAACAUGUGUGUGAGACGAAGAACGGGACAAACUGUGAGGAAUGUCUGAAAAAUGUGACGUGCUUGUGGUGUAUCAAGACCAAGUCAUGUGUAACGUAUCCGGUGAAGACCAUCCUUCCACCACAUGCUCUCUGCCCACUAAAUGAUGCUCGCUGGGGUCUCUGCUGGAUGAACUUCCAGGCCUUGAUCAUCACCUUGGCAGUGGUGGGCGGAGUCAUCAUCAUCGCCUUCCUCAUCUGCUUGUUCUGCUGCUGCAAGUGUGAGAACUUUGGAUCCAAUAGGUUUGAGUCUAAAAUGGAGAGGCAAACUAACAAGACAAAAACCAAGCAGGAAGAAAGGAGGGCAGAGAUGAAAGAAAGACAUGACGAAAUCAGGAAAAAAUAUGGUCUCAGUGGACAAAACCCAUACUCCAAAUUUGCCUGAGUGUCAGACGAACACAAACCUCCAGACUGUCUCACAUCACACACUGUCCAUUUUGUUGUGGGUGAAGACACAAACAAUGACAUGAUCUGGGAAUAAAUGUAAACUAUAAUUAACUAAAUGUCAGAAACGUGACGGUAGUUUUGUAUAGACUGUUUUGAUGUGAACAGGAGUUUCAUGUAGUGAUGGAAUAGGCUGUGAAAAACAGCAGCAGUCUCAUUGUGUGGCUCCUGUUGUAAGUCAUACUAUUUAUGAGGUUGAAAUUCACUGUGGAACGAAUCCUGUGUCUCUGCUUAAAAAUUCUUUCCUUUUUAUGUAUGCAAUCCUGUUGCACAUUUUCAGAGGAUCUGUCAGGCUGAUGUUGACAUAGAAAUGAUCUAUUUUUGUAAUUGGUGUUGGACGCUGCUUUCAUUGUAGGGCUGCAACUAACGAUUAUUUUCUUGAUUAAUUGAGUACUUGUUUAGCCCGUAAAAUGUCAGACAAUGUUGAUCAAACCUGGGCGUGAUGAUGAUUCUCGAAUGCCUCGUUUUGUCCACAAACCAAAAUGAUUCAGUUUUAAUGAUUUAUUUGUUAUAUAGGGCAAAGAAACCAGAAAAUAUUCACAUUUACCAAGCUGAAAAAUCAGAAAGCUUGUUUUAAUUAUUGAAAAAUCACUCAAUAGUUGAAGAUUAAUUUAGAAUCUAUUAAUAAUCGAUGAAUUGAAUAAUCGUUGCAGCCCUUUUUCGUUGUGUUAAAGCUGUAUUCACUCAUAACAUUUCUUUUAAAUAUUACGCUCAGAAAAUCAUUCAGUGACGUCAAAAUGAAAUCUUUGCCUUUGCACUCUCCAGUGAAAAGCUAACAUUAACAUAUGUUGAAUGUGAAUGUGCUUGUACAAAACGUACAUCUGUGUUCUGUGAAAACACAAAUGGCUCCUUCUAUUAAUAAACAUUUAUAUAUAA